AUGAGGUUGGAGGGCCGAACGGCCCAUGAAAGACCUAGCUAGUGGCAAAUUCAGGCCCAGUCUCUCUGAUCUCUGCGUUUCCCCUCACCUGCGCGCUGUCUUCGCCAACAAGUCUGAAUCCCCUAAUAAGCUUUCUGAUUCUUCUUUCCUCUUCCUUCACUUUUCCUAUUUGCGCUUGAUCGAUAUACAAACCAUGGCCCCGUCGAUGGUGAAUGAUAAUGGCUCCGAACCCGCUCAGCUUUUGGGCCCCGAAUCUGCGUCUGAAAGAACACUGUACCCAUAUGUGACCGGUACAUCUGUGGUGGCUUUGAAGUAUAAAGACGGAAUUUUGAUGGCUGCUGAUAUGGGAGCAUCUUAUGGAUCUACCUUGCGAUACAAAAGUGUGGAGAGAAUAAAGUCUGUUGGCAAGCAUUCUCUUCUUGGUGCCAGUGGAGAAAUUAGUGAUUUUCAGGAGAUCCUACGCUACCUUGACGAGCUCAUCCUGUAUGACAAUAUGUGGGAUGAUGGCAACUCUUUGGGUCCUAAGGAGGUGCACAACUAUUUGACAAGGGUGAUGUAUAAUAGGCGCAACAAAUUUAAUCCAUUGUGGAAUUCACUUGUUCUUGGUGGAGUUAAAAAUGGACAAAAGUAUCUUGGAAUGGUUAGUAUGAUAGGAGUAAAUUUUGAGGACAAUCAUGUAGCAACUGGAUUUGGAAAUCACCUUGCACGACCAAUACUUCGUGAUGAGUGGCAUGAGAACUUGAGUUUUGAAGACGGUGUUAAGUUACUAGAGAAAUGCAUGCGUGUGCUUCUGUACCGUGAUCGGUCUGCUGUAAACAAGCUUCAGAUAGCUAAAAUUACUGAAGAAGGUGUAACAAUUUCCCAGCCUUACGCCCUAAAGACCUUCUGGGGAUUCUCUGCAUUCCAAAAUCCAACAGUUGGUGCUGAAGGAUCAUGGUAGAUGAUAGUUGAUGGCUGGCUUGGGGAUUAUUUGGAAUAUAAUAAUCUGAGCCUCAAACCAUUUUGAAUUGUCCUUAGGCUGCUUUUUAUAACAUGGAACAAUGCAUAAUUACCUAAAAUGUUAUGGUUUUUCCUUUAUCUGCUUGUACUGCUGUUGGCUACACACACCUUUAGGAAGAAAUUUGAUAUUGCAAUUUGUUAA